AUGAAGUACCUGAAACAUUAUUUUGCACACAAACAACAACAACAACAACAACAACCAUCUUAUGAUCAUCACCAUGAUCCAAUAAUAGAACGACCAAGACGGCGGCUUGCCACAUUUCAAACAUCCAACACCACCACAAAUAGGUCCCGUCGACCAAGUUCGUUCGAAGAAAACUUGGCCAAAAGCUGUUUUCAAACCAAAAAAAUGAUUGACGGCUAUGGAUCGCACCUGGAUCACAUGAAAAGGACACGACGUGACCGCAAUGGUGGAUACAAUGUUUACAAGACUGCAUACAACAACAACAACAACAGCAAACAACAACAACAACGACAACAAUCCCGACGACGAGAUCGAUAUGAUGUACACACCAAACCCGAAGACGACGACGACGACGACAUUCUACUAAAUAGUGGGGACACGGAUUCGUUGACGAGCUUGACGGAUGAUUUGACCUACCUGCAAAGUGCACGACGGGAAGCCGCGCAUCGGAUUCGCAACGCCCGGAACAACAACAACAAUGAUGAUGAUGAUAAUGAUGAGGCGACGACGACGACUGCAUCCCUGCUGCUUCAUUCCAGCCGGGGCUCUGUCACUGAUCCCGUGGACGUGACGACCAUAAUGGACGAUGAUUACAAUCACGAGGAACGAACACCACCCACCGUCAGACAAGAUAGACGAAUAGAUCAAACUAGAAAUGCGAGUGCUGGAGGUACAAGUUCACGGAAUAAUACUAGUCGAAGUGGAAGGUUCAAUAGUCAAAAUUGGAGAGACAGCAUACGGCACCGUCGUUCCUUAUUGAAUGAUGAUAUUGAUAUUGAUAUUGAUGAUAAUGACGAUAAUGGUGAUGAUGGCGACUAUAGGACAACGGCUGAGGAUUGGCCAGGUGCCAGAAUACCGCUGACAACACCACCACCACCACUGCGGCGGCGGAAACAAUCGAAACGACAAGAAUCACAACAGCGACCAGUAGAAUCCUCCUCCUCCUCCUCCUCCUCCAUUCCAACACGAACCCAAAGGACCAUCAUGGACCAACUGAAUGAUUUUGACCAUGUACUCGGAGAGACUCACAGAGACCCUCCAGAGGCAGAACCACCAACAACAUCAUCCUCGCCAUUGAUUCGACAUUAUCGUUCUCAACAUCGUUCAUCCCAUUACGAUCACGCGGAAACCGAAACACUGAAACGAGCCUUGAAAGAUCAGCGAGAGAAAUUUGAUCAAGAAAAGGGAGCACUCUACAUUGAAAUGGAACGAAUAAAGAGGGAUCACGGAAAAGAAGUGGAUCGACUGCAAUCCGACUUGUGUCAUGCACAAUUAUCACAUCAAAUGUACUUGAAGAAACUGAAUGAAGUCAUUGAUUAUCAUGAAGUUUUGCACGAAAAAGAGACUGUUACCAUGAACAAAAUUCUCGAGCAAGUCAAGAAAGAGAAACGAGAUGAGGUCUCCAAGUUGACUCGAGAACUGGAGGAAGUCAAAUCUGUUUCGAGGUACAAUAUUGUUGACGACUACGAUAAAAAUGACGAUCCUGAUAUUCAGGAGUGCAUCCAAUACCUAAGCGACGAAUCGGAAGCACAGAAACAGCGAAGGAGUCAAUUCCUGGAUACCAUGGUGGCACUCCAAUCGAUUGCUUCGAGAAUUACUACUAAAAGUAGUAAGAGUAAGAGUGCUGGCUUUUCCAAUCGGGACCUUCAAGACAUUGAUGGUUUGUUGGACAUGCUUCAUCAUGUCUACAAUGUGUCCGAGAAUUCACAUCAAAAGACAUUGUGCAUGUCACACAUGCUAAUCGAAGAAUGCUCCCAAGUUUCCAAAACUGCCAUGGGCUUUGAAGACAUGAAGAGUCGAUUGGAUUCCUUGGAAGAGGAGGAAACAGUACUAGCAGCAUCGGCGGCGGAAGAAGGAGGAGGAAUGGAACAUCAUCAUGAUCAGCUCCAACGACACCAAGCAGGAGAGUUAGUGUGUGGUGGUAGUUUCGAUGAACUGACCAAAUCCAUGGAAAUUAGUCUUUACAGGGGGCUUGGAUUGAUGGGAUAA